GUAAGUUUUAUUUUUCUCUCAUUCCCUUCUUCCUUAGCUCGUGUCGAUCUCAAAGUAGAUCGCUUUAGUUAGGAAUCAAGCAAAAAGAGAUGAACUAAGCCUAGCUGUUACAUUUCUAUUGCACAAUCAUUACCUAGAAGCAAAUGGCUGGAAAAGCUGCGGAAGCCGUGGCAAAGACCGUGACGGCGGCGAUUCAGCAUCCGUGGAGGGCGAAGCUGGAUAAGUACAGAACCGAGCUGACGAAAGGAGUGUGGGGUUACUGGGAGAUGGGAGCGUGGAAGCCUUUAGGGAUAAGCGCACGGAGGAGGGCGAUGCUGAGGAAAGAAGUGUUGACAGCUGGGGAGGAUUGGCCUUACGAUCCAGAGAGGAAAGCGAUGAGGACGAAGAGGAAAGGGCACAAGUGCGAUAGAAUCUCAGCUGAGAAAAGAGAGAACACGGCGAAGCUGAUGCUGAAGAUGCCUCAGAUGCUGCUUGAUUACAAGAAGAGAAGGUGGGAGAAGAAGAUGAAGGAAGAGGAGAAAGCUAAAGAAGAUAAGUGAUUUGGUGGAGGUUGUGUCAUCCUUUAGUCUAUGGAUGUGAAACAAAAAGUCUGGUUGAGUAGUAAUAAUCCGGUCUGUGAUCGUAUGAAAUCUGGGAUUUGAUGUUCCAUUGAUGGUGGAAUGCUUUUGCAUUAUGUGUUUCUUUACUUUUUUUUUGUUGUCCUAAUUUGAACUGAAACCAAACGUUGUUGAGGUUAGGAUUGAAUUUGUUGGAUCA